AUGAUCCACCCGUCUCGAGACGCCUGUGACGAGUGGGAGAGCGCGGUUCUGGACGUCACGCCCACGCACAACCAAGUCGCACUUGCUCCUGCCUCGUCUCCCGCUUCUACCGACGUGGAGGAAGCCGCUCAAGUCCUGCAAGACCUUUGUAUCCUCCCGCCGCCUGCCGCUUCUGAUACUGGAGGCCAUUACCCCCAUGACCACGAAUCGCCAGGUCCAUACAAACUACCAGUCACUUCUACCAUUGUCACAGAUGACACCAAGCAGGACGAACAGCUGGAUCCCGUGCUCAUUACGGGACUGGAAAACGCGCGCGAGCGCAUGACGUUGCUCCAGUUUGAAGACCAGAUUGUGCGCUUUCUACGGCACUCGAGAGAGCCGCAUCUCCACUUUCCCCCCUUGUCGUCGUACCAUCGACUCAUUGUCCAUCGCUUGGCGCAACGCUGCGGCUUGGAACACCAGACAGCCGACUAUAGUCCGUUGGAGAACAGCUCGGCGCGAGUCGUGACGCUCAUUAAAACUACUCAGUCGGUUGUGCCUCGUCUGUUGCUGAUUGAUCUGUCGACAGACCGGCAGUCGUCGACCAAGACACCAGUCUGUGCUCCAAAAAUCAUGAUGCGCAAACGCUGUGCACCGAGACUUGGCAGUCAUAAUGGAGGCGGGAGCGGGACUGACAAAGCCAUGCCGUCGUUACAAGACCGUGAACGAGCGUACGCUGAAGCACGGGCCAGGAUAUUUGGUGCAGCCACCAACAAUACAGCUGCAGAGUCGGUAGUGCCGUCGUUGCCGUCGUCGUCGUCGACGCAUGACGGCAGUGGAAUUGCUGCCAGCAACGGGAAUGAUGUGGCGAGACAUGGAAGUCGGCAAGCAGCUGGACCAGAUGAUAGUCGAGGUUUUGGUCGAGGAGAUGCUCGUGAAGGUGGAGAUGAUGUAGUUUCGACAAGCGGCUCGAGCUCGUCUAAGGGGCGGUCGAAUGUCAACGGUAUGAACGAUGAGUAUUCGCGGACUGUCCAGCCGAGUGCUCCGAAUGCAGCAAGCUGGAAAGGCAGUAAGGUAUUGUGGCGAAAUCGCGAGCAAGAGUUGAACGACCCGGACUUUACGCGCAACCACGACGCGUUCCGUGCGCGUUCUAGUGGUGGGGCAGCCAGCGGAAGUGGUAGUGGAGGUGAUUUACCAUUUUAUGGUGACCGCUUUGGAGGUGGUGUACGAUUCGGACAUGGCGAACUCCAAGAGAGGCCGCACGAUCGAUUCUAUGGCUACCAUCAUCAACAAAAUGGCGGUGCACCAUCGCUGCACCCACCACCGCUGAUGCCCAUGGUCUCGCCGGGACGUGGUCGAUACCACGUUGGCGGACCCGAUUACGCAAAUAAUAGAGUAGACAUCAACCUUUUCCAGAGGUCUUCACACCAGCAGUACCAUCCACAGCAGCAGCAGCGCAGCAGCCGAUUCAGCUCCACCAGAUGA